UUGAAGAGUUGAGCGAGGCCACAGCUGUGACUGUGAUCCCUGCGGCUGGUGAUCAGGUGUCUCUUCUGCUUCAGAGAGCCACACAGGCUGAAGACAGAGCUCAGAGAGCCGAGGAAGCUCUGACCCGGGCUAUGGACGAUCUGCACAAACUCAAAUUGUUGGCACAAGGUCUAGUGCUGAACGCAGACACAAGUCGUGGCCCUUCAUGCUCAGGGGCCAUUGCCGAGUUGAGAGAAGAUGAAGAUGAGGCCUACUUUAGCUCUUAUGGGCAUUACAGCAUCCAUGAGGAGAUGCUGAAGGACAAGGUGCGUACUGAGAGCUAUCGAGACUCCAUGUACCGCAACAUGGACGUCUUCAAGGGCAAGGUGGUGCUUGACGUGGGAUGUGGUACGGGAAUCCUCUCCAUGUUCGCCGCCAAAGCAGGAGCCAGGAAGGUCAUUGCUGUCGACCAAUCUGAGAUCAUUUACCAGGCCAUGGACAUCGUCAGAUCAAAUAAACUUGAAGACACCGUCACGUUGAUCAAGGGCAGAAUAGAAGAAAUUGACCUUCCUGUGGAAAAAGUGGACAUCAUCAUUUCAGAGUGGAUGGGCUACUUCCUGCUGUUUGAGUCAAUGCUGGACUCUGUGCUGUAUGCCAGGGAUUGAUACCUUACAGAAGAUGGUUUGGUCUAUCCAGACCGCUGCAAUAUCAGCCUGGCGGCGGUGGGGGACGCUCAGAAACACAGUGACCGCAUUGCAUUCUGGGACGUUGUGUAUGGCUUCAAGAUGACGUGCAUGAAGAAGGCUGUGAUACCAGAGCCGGUAGUGGAGAUGUUGAAGCCCGAGACGGUCAUUUCAGAGCCUGCCGUGAUUAAGACUAUUGACUGUGGCUCUGUGACUGUGUCUGAGCUGGAGUUCACUGAAGACUUCAGCCUGAAGAUAACGGCCAGCACCGUCUGUACAGCCAUCGUGGGCUAUUUUGACAUUUUCUUCGACAAGAGCUGUGGAAACAAGGUCAUGUUCUCCACUGCUCCAGACUGCACUAAGACGCACUGGAAACAGACGGUGUUCUUACUAGAAAGCCCUAUUCCUGUCAAAACCGGAGAGGAACUUCCAGGUCAAAUCACAGUGUAUAAGAACAGAAAGGACCCCAGAGCACUGCUCAUCACACUUGACAUUGCUGGCCGGAAGCAAACCUACAGCCUUCAGUGAAAAAUUGUAUUAGGGGGAAAAAACAUUUUGAGAAAUGUAGUGUUUAAUAACUCAAACAUUCUAUUAAAAGUUUUUCUAUCAAAUAUCAGUCGUUCAUUAGUUGUAUAUAAAGUGAAUGUUGUUCUUUCUGUGACAAACAACAGGACCAUACACCGAGUCAAUAUUUGGGCAACUAAUGAAAGUCAGUCUUUGUUUUAAAUCUCUUAAUAUCCCAUAAUAUAUGGGAUAUUUGGGCCUUAAUGACUCUUCAUGUAAAGCAGUGGAAGAAAUCUAAUGUCCUACUUGAGUGAAUAAAGUAAAAGCUUCCAUGAAA